AGCAUAUAAAUCAAAAACCAUAUACAUAUGUUCUCGACAAAGACAACUUUCUAAUUUCUAUCGUUGAUAACAUCUGUAGAUGCUUUGGUAUUUUGACAAAUACAUUGAAACAAGAAGAGGUGACGUUUCCAAGGAGACAUGAAAGCAUUGACCCCAAGAUGCCAAAGUUUGACUUCUCUUUCUCUCUCUUACUCUCCUUCAUCGAUCUUUCCCUUUGCUUCAUGAAACGCCCAUUUCUCUAUGCAGCAUUUAUGAUCAAUCCAGCCGCAUCUUUAUUAUUUAACAAAGUCAAAUAAUAUCUCUGUAUAGUUUAAUUUUCUAUAUGGCUUUAUAUAUACAGAACGAAAAGAAGACUUUAUUUUUAACUCUUCAUAUCUCGGAGAGAAGAAGAGGAAAGGAAACGAUGGUGAAGAAGAAAAGCAAAGUGUUGAUGAUCUUCUUCACUCUAGUUUUGCUUGUAAGCAUGACUUCAAGUGUUAUAUCAAGAGAAGAUGGUUUGGCUCCUCCUAAACCAUCUCCUUCCUCUACACAUGAGAAAGAAAGAAGUACGAAAAGUGAUGGAGUAGAGUGCAAAAGUUCAGACAGUGAAGAAGAAUGUCUUGUUAAGAAAACCGUAGCUGCUCACACCGAUUACAUCUAUACACAAGACUUGAACCUAUCACCUUGAAACAAGAACAAUUACUGUCUUUUACAUAGCACAAAGCUAUAAGCAUAAGCAAAGUCUCCUUCCUUCACCAUGUGUAGCACAAAGCUGUAAGCAUAAGCAAAGUCCCCUUCACCAUGUGCUCAUGACUUCAUGUUCUUCUUUCUUUCAUAAUAAUCAUCGUUUGCUUUUCUAUCAAUGUCAACUUAUGUUUGUUAGGGACAACAUCAAGUUUAAUUGGGCUGUUAGGAAUAUUUUAACUGUGUUUAUAUCCUUUUUGUUAUAGGCCCAAUUAGAGGCUUAAAUAAGCAACCUUUGAUGAAAAUAAGACGUGCAAAAGGUUAAAAAGAAAAUAUAAUAGAAGAUACUGUAGUAUGGUAUGUUAUAUUCACAGAUAAAUAUGUUUAGAUAGGCUUAAUUUUUUAUCAAUUAAAGUUUUCUAUAUACAUACAGUAAAUAUAGUUACAAAGAAUAAUUUUGUUAUAUGUUUGAUUGCGUUUGA